UUCAAAAGUCCCCCAGACCAAGAAGUGGAUUGAUUAUGCCAACGACACCGUAUUCUCCUGCCCUGAAAGGGUUGACAGUCACCCUGGUCUUAUUAGAGGUGGGACUGUACAGCAUCAGCGUGGCAGGAUGGCCGUCUCUUGUCUACAUCUUCAGAGACUCGGGGUUCUACUCCGACCUCUGUGUUUUUAACUCGACGGUGGACUCUGGAGCUUCAACUGAGAAGGAGAACGAACACAAUCAAAACCACUGUUCGGCACAGGAGGAAAUUUUGAACCUGGUUUUUACGGUGGCUGUGUCGGCGCAGAUACUGAUGCCCACACUGGGCUAUUUUUACGAUCACUUUGGAUUGUUGUGUGUGCGGCUAGUUAGCAUAGUUUUAAGUGUGGGUGGAUGUCUUCUGAUGGCCUUCUCCGAGCCAGGGUUAGAAUGGCUCUUGUUUCCAGGGGCUACUCUUCAUCUAUUUGGAGGCAAUAUGCUUAUGACAUCAGAUAUGCAGCUGGCGUCGCUAUUCCCAACAAAGAAAUCCACCAUAGGUGCCCUUGUCUCUGGUGCAGCCGAUAUGAGCUCUUUCAGUUUUUUGUUAGUUAAGUUAGCCUAUGAUGCGGGGUUUCCCUACCGCCUUUCAUUUAUUGCUAUGGGUUGUGGGACGUUUAUCAUCGCAACUGCUACCUCGAUUGUGCUGCCACCUCGUGAGGCAGUGCCUGACAAAUCUGAAGAGGGUAAAGGCAUUGGUAAUGUAGGCCAUUCUGGGUGCCUGGUGCCUGGCAGCGCGCCCAGUGAUGCUGAGGCAGUAAAGAAGACAAACAACAGCGGCGAGUUCGGAGUGAGUCCUUCGUAUGAUAACAAAGCACUGGAAGCUGAUUCAGAAAUUGGUAGAUACAUCCACCAAGAAUGGGGUGCGCAUAAUGACAUGCCUUCUGAUGAUCCGGCGAAUUUAACGAGGCUUGCAACACUCUGGAAGACUGUGCAAACUGAAGGAAACCUAAAACAGCCUUGUCUGAGCGUUGCCGUGAUUUCUGUUCAGCAUCAACCAUCCGCAAAAGGCGUUGGUCCAUCGGGGGCAGAGCUUGUGGGACUUGGCGUAGAUGAACCAAUUCCCAAGGAAAGCAAAACCAACAUUGAACCAACCAGCGUUGAAGAAUAUAUUCCAUUCAGUUCUGUUUUGAAGAGCCCCAUGUUCUGGUUGACAGAACUUUGGUUUUCCUGUAGUUUCCUCAUUUUGAACGCAUAUUUUGGCAGUUUCAACGCACUACUGGAAUAUAGGUCGAAUGGCGAUCUUAAUGCAAUAAGCCACUAUACCAACGUGUUUGGCUACCUCCAGCUUGCAUCUAGUGUUCCCCUUGCUUUAGUAGCUGGGCAUUUAGUUGACAUGCAACACAGUGGCCGGGCGGAACCUAAAGUAUUUAUUGGCUGCUUCGUGGUCACGUGUGUGUCAGGACUCCUGCUGUGGGUGACAUGCGCAGUGCCGAUACUGGAGAUACAGUAUGUGUCGAUGCUGCUUCAUUGUACACUACGGACCUUCACAUUCGGAGCGCACAUUACAUUUAUCGCAUAUGCAUUUCCACGUCAACAUUUCGGGAAGACGUACUCCGUGCAGCGCGCUAUUACUACAUUGAUAGGUGCCUUACAGUUCCCACUGUUCUUCUGGCUGAAGAGUGAUCUUGACAGCGAUCCACUCUAUUUCAGUCUGGCACUGUGUGGUAUUUCCUGCUUGAUGCUCAGUCUUCCAGUAUACCUAAUGAGACGGGGAGGUGCGCUGCAGAAAGAGCAUAAUGAAGGCGAUAUGAAGAAAACUUGACUGAUUGCAUUAGUUGAGCAAUGAUCUUUAGACACAUUCGUAAGCUUCCCGACUGCUUUUUUUACGUGUGAUUUCAGAGUCAAGCGGAGAUAUAUUGAUAUAAUGGUAGUGAGGUACCAACAACUGACACAUUGAAGCGCUCAUAAUGUUCGUGUAGAAAUGUGCAGGCCUGUAGUACAUGGACAAGCGUAACAUGUAUAAUCCGUGAAAAUAAAGUGAUUGAUGGUUCUAGUAUUUUCCCAGUCGAUAGAUGCUUAUUGCAUUAGUAGCACUGUCACGGCGCUCAGGUCAGAGCAUGAUAACAAAAAGCCUUCUUGGCCCAUUGAACCCAAUAUUUCAAGUAAACGAACCAAAUAAGUAUUCUGUCAUUUCUGGUGUAUAUGCAUGUAAAAUAAUACAACUGCAGGCGUCUUUACAUCCAAAGUGUGAAUGACUGACUGAGGAGCAUCUAGUCAUUUGGGGUAAUAAAAAAUGUGAGACGAGGGUUUGGGCAGUGGGCAAGGACCCAAAUGAA